CUCACCAGCCACGAAACCAACAACAUGGCCGAUGAAGAUCUGUCAGAAGAGCAGCUUCGUCAACUACUCAAUGAUGCCGAGCUGAGAUUAAAAGCUGCCAAAGGCCGAAGAAACAACCAGGAGAAUAUUCUCCAAAGCAUCCCAAACAUUGACACUGGCAAGUCAGUCACUCCUUACAUCCAAAAAACUAGCCAAGGCGCCCAAGUCGACCCUUCCCAUUUGGUAAAACCUGCGGAUAGAAAACUUGCCAAUGGAAUAAGACGAGUGGAGGAUCCCAUUGCGGUCAAAGUAAAAGCUGCAGAGGCAAAGAAAGCUACUGCCGGCUCUGACUGGUAUAAUCUCCCCAAGACAAAUUUGACGCCCGAGCUCAAGCGGGAUCUCCAACUCCUUCGAAUGAGAGCAGUCCUCGACCCGAAGAGGCAUUACAAAAAGGAAGGCUCAAAGCCCCAAGUACCCGAGUUCUCCCAAGUUGGCACAAUUAUUGAGGGACCUACGGAAUUCUUCAGCGCCAGAUUGACGAACAAGGAUAGGAAACGAACGUUGGUGGAAGAGGUUCUGGAAGGCGAGAAAGCUACGCAACGUUUCAAGUCCAAGUACAAGGAGAUCCAAGAAGCCAAGACAAGCGGCAAGAAGGCUCAUUACAAGAGGAUGAAGGACGUGAGACGUGGAAAGAAAAUUUGA